AUGCCUCUCCCACCAAGGCUUUUCCAUGGUGACGUGGAAUUGGGGAAACGAGAUGAUGAUCAUAGGCCUGGCUCGAAAACGCCAUUAGGAAUGGCAUGGCAACAUCGAAGGCCACAUGUUCAACGGCGAUCAAUGAAGAAGAUUAUAAUAGGUCUGCUGGUCGGAAUUGGUCUCUAUUACUUCUACAAGAAUAUGCCGACAGAUCUUCAGAAUCCGCGACAAAGACCACAUUAUACACAGAACGGAGGAAUUCCUGCGCAAGCUGGUUCGAGAGCUCCAUCUCCGCAGCUGAGUUCGAAUCAAGCUUCGAAAGCAGAUGACGAUGAAUCGAUCGAGAUAGGGCACAAUUUUAAUGGCCCCAUUAAAUUCUAUCAACUGGCGACGACUUUACAUGCGAUGUCUAAGGUCAAAGGCUCUGAUCCUGUCAACAAUAAUGUGUUAUUUGCGGCCUCGAGCUUAAAAAGCGCUUCGACUUUGUUACCCAUUGCAUGCGAGAUGGCAUUAAGGGAAAGAAAUUAUGUACACUUUGCAUUUAUGGGAAGAGAUGAUAUACCGAUGGAUAUAUUAAAAUCUGUGAAUGGGGUCAAUAAGGAUUGCCAGAUCUUCUUUCAUGACGCACGACCAGAUUAUUCCUUGCAAAGCUCAGAUUUUCGAAUGGAAGUCAGUUGUUCUGCAGGUUUCAAUCAUAUCAAUGCAUUCGUUCAUCCUCAAGCUGUUCUCAUUGACGCAUCUGGAGAUGAGGAUAAUUUCUUAAUCUCUGCCUUUAGGACCAGGGCCAAUGCAUUAGACAGAACCUUGAUUGAACUUCCUAAAAACAUCGAACAAAAUCUAAUGUGGAUUGUUCAAUUAGAUAGUGCCGCUUUGAGUGCCUGGACCAAAAUCAGUAUUGAUAUUGUUGUUCACGCGCAACCACAAAAAUCCGGGUCUUUGAUCAGGUUACUCACAUCACUUAAGAAAGCCGAUUAUUUUUCCAGCAACAUACCGCGAUUGACGAUAGAAUUGCCGCAUGACGUCGAUGAACCUACCAAACAAUAUCUUUCGAGAUUCAAGUGGCCACCAAAGCGUAAUCAGGAUGAGACAAGUCUCCUGACACUUCACCAUCGAAUCCCACAACACGGACUCACUCCCGAGGAAAAUUCAAUCAAAUUCAUGGAAUCGUUUUGGCCUACGGAUCCUAUGUCCGCUCAUGUUCUCGUUCUUUCUCCCCAAGCCGAACUUUCUCCACUGUUCUUUCAUUACCUCAAAUUUGCACUAUUAGAGUAUAGGUACUCUUACAAUAGAGCAAUCGGUCAAAAAAACAUGCUUGGGAUAAGUCUUGAUCUACCAUCAACUUAUCUCAAUGAUUCAACGUCGUUUAUACCGCCUUCAAGUACAAACCCUAGUCCAUUUCUAUGGCAAGCACCAAACAGCAAUGCCGCUCUUUAUUUUGGAGAUAAGUGGGUGGAACUUCAUGAUUUCAUAGCUAGAUCGAUGUUUUCCGAACAUUCCUUACCCCCACCAGCCACUUUGGGAGAAAAACACGUCAGCAAAACCUACCCAUCGUGGUUAGAAUAUGUUCUUAGAUUAGCAAGGGCUCGUGGCUAUUGGACUCUUUAUCCUCAUUUCGAAAGCUGGGAUGCUUUAUCUACCAUUCAUACAGAACUAUACACAGCUCCAGAAGAAUACAUGAACGAACCAGAUGAAGCAACAGAUUUUACGGCAAAUCCAACAGAACAUCUAUCAUUAAAACACAAAGAGGAGCCAUUAAUUUCAGCAUCUUUGCAAACUCUUCUAUCGGAUUUACCUGUCGAAAUAGCUGAAAUGCAAUUGAUUGGUUGGGACGGCGAGAAUAUUAACAGCGAAGAGAUACAAUUAAAAGCCAAGGAUUAUAGUCGGACUUUCAGACACGAAAUUGGAGGUUGUGCCAAUGGAGUGGCAGAGAAAGAAAGAAGUUACAUGCUUGCAGGAGAUUUAUUUUGUUCGGGAAAUGAGCCACUGCAGUCAUUGGAACAAGCAUUGGAACCACCAGCGCCCUCAGUACCAAAAGCAACUGCAGUCUUGGAGUCAAAGGACACUAAUACCAAACCAGCCACAAAUCAUGAUGGUAUAGUUGCUGUUGAAGAUAAGUCUCCUGGUUGA